AUGAAUGAUGACUGUGUUGUGCGUAAGCUAACGGCCGAUGGGGAUGGAGCUGGAGAUGACAAGAGAUUUGUUACUUUCAUAAGCCACCUCUUCAAAAUCACCCGAGAACGGGAUCCAGCUCAGAUCCAUAAUCAUGUGCUUUGGUUAAAAGAAACCCUCGAUGCUGCAGAAAUUACGAUGGAAAAGCAAGUUUUGUUAGCAGCCAUGAAUGAUAAACAUAUCGAAGAAUACAGACAUUUGGCUGAAGAAAUCGACAAAUCAGUAAAAGAAUCGUACGAAAGGAUGCGAGAAGCAAAAAAAGACCUUCUGGUAGCUAAAGGUGUAAGGAGAAACAAAGAACAGUAUGAGUUGUUAGCUGGGAUGAUACAACAAAUCCCGUCGAGAGAAGAAAGUACAGCAAAACUGAUUGCCCUGAAAGACGAAUUAGAAGAAUUGCAUGAGAGGCAGCGGAAGCUGGAGUAUAAGGUUAUCAAUCAAUGUUACUAA